UCGUUCUUUAUGAUGGACCAGAAGGGAAAGAUAUCCUUAAUUUUGAUAGCAAUAAUUUUACAUGGCACUGGAUCUUUCAGUGAUGAUGAUGGACCUCUUGUUCUUGAAUAUUACAAAGAAAAGUGCCCUUUGUUGGAAGAGAUUGUGAGGUACAGUGUUGAAGUUGCUGUUUUUAAAGACCCUCGGAUGGCUGCUUCUCUACUUCGCUUGCAUUUUCAUGAUUGUUUUGUCAUGGGUUGUGAUGCUUCCGUUCUUUUAGAUAACUUUGGAGGCAUAACCAGUGAAAAGCAAGCAGGUCCGAACCUAAAUUCUUUACGAGGAUUUGAGGUCAUCGAUCAGAUCAAAUACCUCCUGGAAGAGGCUUGUCCAAGAACAGUUUCAUGUGCUGAUAUUCUAGCAUUGGCUGCCCGCGAUGCUGUUGCAUCGAGAGGAGGUCCUAGCUGGGAUGUGUGGCUAGGCAGGAGAGACUCCUUGCAAGCAAGCUUCAGUGGUGCCAACCAAUUCAUCCCUGCUCCAAAUUCCUCUCUCGAAACUCUUAUUUCACAUUUCAAACAACAAGGACUUGAUGUAGGAGACUUGGUUGCGUUAUCAGGUAGCCACACAUUUGGAAAGGCAAGAUGUUUAAGCUUCAGGCAGAGAGUGUAUGAUGUCAACUUUAAAGGACAGUACGAAUUAUACGACAAGUACAGGAAAUAUACUUCCUUCCGAAGAAUCUUACAGACGAUAUGCCCCAGAUCAGGGAGGAACAAUGAUUUAUCACCUCUUGAUUUUAUGACACCAGCCAGAUUUGACAAUCAUUAUUAUGUCAACCUACUCCAAGGAAAAGGUUUGUUGAUUUCUGAUAAUGUAUUGAUGACACAAGAUCAUGACGGGGAGAUUCUAAAGCAGGUGUGGAGUUAUGCUACUGAUGAGAAACUUUUCUUUGCUUCAUUUGCAAACUCUAUGGUGAAAAUGGGAAACAUCAAUCCAAUCACUGGAAAUCAAGGAGAAAUCAGGAAAAGUUGUAGGUUUGUAAACACCUAGCCAGGUUGUUCAUGUAGCUUACGAUCGCGUUAUCUAUAUAUGUCAGUCGAUAUGUAAUAAUUGCAAAACAC